AGUCUCCGCGAACGUUCAACAGGCACUGCGGCGCACAGUCGUAUCGCGCGCGUCAUUACUGACCGACACGUGUGCGCGGUAAAACGUUUUAUAUUUUAUAUUUUUCUCGUCGUGUUAUUAUUGUUGGCUGUUUUUGUUUUCUUCUCCGUUUACUACACCGACGACCGUUAUAAAAAUCGUCUGCGUCACGUCGUCACGCGCUUACGCGAUAUGGGCCGCCGGUUCGCGUGGCUGCCGACGCUGCUUCUGCUUCGGUUCGCGGCCUUUGCCGACGAUCAGUGUCCGAUGAACGUUUCCGAACCCGCACCCAAAAACGCUUACCAGGUGAACGACGUGCUGUGGGCCGGACAACCGGAAAAACCGUACCCGCCGGCCGCGUACCGUUCGCUGCAGGGCGUCGGUUACGUCCUUUGCACGUGCGAAACGGGAGCGUGUAUCCGCAAGUGCUGCGCGCCGAACGCUGCGUACGUGAAUUCGAAAUGCACGACACUGAACGUGUCGGACCACGUCGUCGAGUUCAAGGUUCCAAAAAUUGUGAAUGCAAACGGGACGGUUGACAUCUAUGAGACGGAUCUGUUUCAUAUAGUCUAUGGAAAACUAACAUGUCGUAAAAAAUAUAAAUUGGCUCCAUCACAGGAGAAAAAUGAUGAUUUCCGAGUAAAUAAUGAGGGAUUUUUACUGAGUGAAUCAGGAAAAAUUAUCGCUGCACCAGAUCGAUUUUGUUUGGAGCAAUUUUCCGAAUUAAAUUAUCAAAUUUUAGCAGUUGUUUGUUCUCCAGAACAAUUGGCAGUUCAACAAGAUGGCACAAAUGUAUUUUAUACGAUCGGCAUGAUGCUGUUACUACCAUUUUUGCUAAUAACGUUCCUAGUUUAUGCGCUUAUCAGAGACUUACGGAAUUUGCAUGGAAAAUCAUUAAUGUGCCAUGUAGCAACGCUAUUGGUGGCCUACAGCAGUCUAGUAGUUGUUCAAUUCAUAACUGAUAGUGUUGUUAAAACAUGGUGCAUUUUUUUAGCGUACAUCGUUCAAUUCUCGUUUUUGGCAAGUUUUUUCUGGCUUAAUGUUAUGUGUUUUGAUCUAUGGUGGACUUUCAGUGGAUUUAGACCAUUAAGAGGAAAUAUAAGAGAGCACGAAGCGAAAAAGUUUAUUAUCUAUUCCAUUUAUGCGUGGGGAUGUACCUCAUUUAUUUCAAUAAUUACAUUUGGUAUGGAGAAUUUGUUAUUUUUACCUACUGAUGCGAUUCGUCCAGGAUUUGGAAUUAAGAGUUGUUGGUUUGGUUCUGAUUUAGCCACGCUGUUAUAUUUUUAUGGUCCUAUUGGUACUCUAUUAUUUAGUAAUCUAUUGAUGUUUAUACACACGGCAAUAAUGAUUAUCAAACAUAUGAGAGAUGCUAAAGUACUUAGAGGGUCUGAAAGCCAAAAGAAUGUAGACCAUGAAAAACAAAGAUUCAUGUUGUAUUUGAAAUUAUUCAUCGUCAUGGGUGUUAAUUGGUUAGCAGAAAUUAUAUCAUGGGCAACAGGUUCAGAUGGUUCUGAGUUUGUGUGGUAUGUCACAGACAUUGGAAAUUCUCUGCAAGGAGUGUUAAUUUUUUUAAUUUUUGUAUGUAAAAAACGUGUAUUAAAUUUAUUAAGUAAAAAGCUUUGUCCUCAAUUUCAACUUUUUAAGACAUCUGCUAAUGUAUCUACUAGAACCACUAAUAGCACUGUCUCAUCUAGAACUAGCUCUAAUGUAAAAAAUAAAGAUGCAGUUGAAAUGUCCACUAAAAGCAUAAGCAAUUCAAUUAAUAAUCAAUUACACGAUUUUAAAGUUUAAUGAUUGUGUAAUAAAAAUAAAUUUAUUUUAAUUAAAUUUCCUUAUAAGUACCAAACUUAAAACUUUAUUGUCAUAUUAAUUUUCGCUUUUGACCACAAUUUGUAUUUUGAUUAGAAUUGAGUUUUUAUUUUAAAUUCUACUCUAUUAGUUCUAAAAAUAUAAUCUCAUAUUAGAUGUACACU